UAUUUUUGGUCACAAACUCAUUCAAAUGCACCAAAGAAGGCCACAUCGCAGGCCGGAGCAAAUUACUACAGAACAGAACAGAGGUGCUGGAAACUAAAAGCUGCGAUUUCAAAAUCUCCCAAAACAAAAAUGAGUUUGGUGGAGUCGAACCAAUCCAAACCCGGCCUACUGUGCAAUCCUGAAGGCUCGCAGAGAACCCUGUACCCAUAUGUAACAGGUACAUCUGUUGUGGCUCUCAAGUAUAAAGAUGGAAUUUUGAUGGCUGCUGAUAUGGGAGGUUCAUAUGGGUCUACCCUGCGAUACAAGAGUGUGGAGCGAAUGAAGCCAAUUGGAAAGCAUUCUGUUCUUGGUGCAAGUGGAGAAAUAAGUGACUUUCAGGAGUUAUUACAUUAUCUGGAUGAGCUCGUCCUGUACGACAACAUGUGGAAUGAUGGGAACUCUUUGGGACCUAAAGAGGUGCACAACUAUUUGACCCGUGUGAUGUACAAUAGGCGUAACAAGUUCAAUCCGUUGUGGAACUCUCUUGUCCUUGGUGGAGUGAAAAAUGGACAGAAGUAUCUUGGCAUGGUUAGCAUGAUAGGUGUCAAUUUUGAGGAUGAUCAUGUAGCUACGGGAUUUGGAAAUCACCUUGCACGGCCUAUUCUUCGCGAUGAGUGGCAUGAGAACUUGACUUUCGAAGAGGGUGUAAAGCUGCUGGAGAAAUGCAUGCGUGUCCUUCUCUAUCGAGAUCGGUCUGCUGUGAACAAGCUUCAGAUAGCUAAAAUCACUGAAGAAGGUGCAACGGUCUCUCAGCCCUACUCUUUGAAGACGUUCUGGGGUUUCUCUGCUUUCGAGAAUCCAACAUUGGGUGCUGAGGGGUCAUGGUAGAGAGCCAACUCGGAGCUAAUGUUUGGUGUGUUUCUAGAGUUGUAGGAAUACCCAUCGUCUGCUUUAUUUUGGCGUUGCAGCACUCGACAAGCGUGAACUUAUUGUAGUGAUACUUAAAGAGACGUCUGUUUUUCUCUUGAAUUAUCUGGGCAAUAUGUGAUUUGCAAGUUUUAUCUUCUGUCAUAUUGACAAGAGAGCGAUAUUAUGCGUAUGCGUGUGCUUGGGCAUGUAAGGAAGAAGAGAUUGAUCGUUUUACAGGAA